AUUUUAAAAAAAGAAAAAGACAAGCGCCAUCUAAAGAACACUAAGCGAGUCUAGGAAAUUCUAGAACAUGAAAGCACCACCUUUGUAUAACUUCUGAUCCCCCAUGCCAUUUCUCUAGCUGCCUCUAAUUCUUUUUCCAAUCUUCAGUUCACGUUUCAGUAAUUUUGUUGCAGAGAUGGCUGAACCGCAGUACAUUGUAGCAUCUGACAGCGAAACCACUGGGGAGGAGAAAUCCUCGUCGCCUUUUCCUGAAAUUGCCAUUGGGAUUGACAUUGGUACUUCGCAAUGUAGCGUGGCAGUUUGGAAAGGCUCCCAGGUAGAGCUUCUUAAGAAUACUAGAAACCAGAAGUUGAUGAGAUCAUAUGUCACCUUCAAGGAUGAUACCCCCUCUGGUGGUGUCAGCAAUCAACUGACCCAUGAGCAUGAAAUGUUAUCUGGUGCUGCAAUCUUCAAUAUGAAACGCCUGAUUGGCAGAGUGGAUACCGAUCCAGUUGUUCACGCAAGCAGAAGCCUUCCAUUUUUGUUACAGACUUUGGACAUCGGUGUUCGUCCCGUUAUUGCGGCCUUGGUGAACAAUGCUUGGCGAUCAACGACCCCUGAAGAAGUUCUUGCGAUAUAUUUGGUCGAAUUACGGGCCAUGGCUGAAGCUCAGCUCAAGCGACCAAUCAGAAAUGUUGUACUGACCGUUCCAGUGUCAUUUAGUAGGUUCCAACUGACACGGAUUGAACGAUCUUGUGCCAUGGCCGGCCUCCACGUCCUUAGGUUGAUGCCUGAGCCAACAGCAGUGGCAUUGUUAUAUGCCCAGCAGCAGCAGCAAGCUGUGCAUGAGAAUAUGGGAAGUGGAAGCGAGAAGAACGCACUCAUAUUUAACAUGGGUGCUGGUUAUUGUGACGUGGCUGUGACUGCUACUGCUGGAGGGGUGUCGCAGAUUAAAUCCUUGGCAGGAGCUGCUAUUGGAGGAGAAGACAUUCUACAGAAUACAAUGGAACAUCUGUUGCCAAAUUCAGAGGGCCUUUUUAUGAGUCACGGUGUCAAUGAGAUCAAAGCAAAGGGAUUUCUUCGAGUUGCAACCCAAGAUGCAAUUCACAGGCUUUCCUCACUAACCAGUAUCCAGAUUGAUGUCGAUUUGGGAAAUGGCACUAAAAUAUGCAAGGUCCUUGAUCGAGAGGAAUUUGAGGAAGUGAACCAGAAGGUGUUUGAAAAAUGCGAAAAUCUUAUAAAGCAGUCUUUGCAUGACUCAAAGGUAGACGUAGAGGACUUGACUGAUGUGAUACUCGUAGGCGGGUGUUCACACAUCCCGAAGAUAAGAAAUCUUGUGAAGAACAUAUGUAAAAAGGAUGAGCUCUAUGAUGGGAUGAAUCCAUUGGAAGCUUCAGUCUACGGGGCAGCGCUUGAAGGCGCAGUGGCAUCAGGAAUCAGCGAUCCAUUUGGAAAUUUGGAUCUAUUAACAAUCCAAGCUACUCCUCUAGGAAUCGGAAUAAAAGCUGACGGAAACAACUUUGUUCCUGUCAUACCUAGAAAUACCACAAUGCCUGCAAGAAGAGAACUAUCUUUCACCACAAGUAACGAUAACCAAACAGAAGCUCUGAUCCUUGUUUACGAAGGUGAAGGACAGACAGUGGACGAUAAUCAUUUGCUGGGAUAUUUCAAGAUUGUCGGAAUUCCUCCGGUACCCAAGGGAUUUCCAGAAAUCAAUGUUUGUAUGGAUAUUGAUGCAUCAAAUGUGCUGAGAGUUUUUGCUGGAGUUAUGAUGCCGGGAAAGGAACGUCGUCCGGUGGCGCCUUUUAUGGAAGUGAGAAUGCCUACUGUUGAUGAUGGACAUGGUUGGUGUGCUCAAGCGUUGCAAAAGACUUAUGGUUCCACGCUUGACCUGGUGCAGAAGAAGGUGCAAAUGUAAUGGUGUUUUUGAGAAGCCAGUUUUAAGUUGGUUUGUAAAAUUAUGUAGUGUUUCCAAAAAAAUUAAGAUGUGGUCAUGGUGUGAGAAAAUAAAAUGUGUUUAGUUAAUAAUUGUUCAUGCAUAAUUUUAGUAGUCUGAUGUGAGUAGGAGAUGCUUAUUAUGCUUAAUUAAGAGAGUGUUGGUUA